CCUCAACCAUGAGAGCGAAUUAUGACCGUCGGGGUCGAUAAAGGAUAACAGCUGAGGGGGUCAUAUACAUAACUAGACAAUACUUGGACUUAUCAGGGAGCCCUUAUCGGAGGAUUGACAUUGACAACAGUAGAGAUCUCUUGAGAUACGGACAUUCGCGAUCUUGCUUAAAAGCACCAACUUAAGCACCAAACGACCAGCAAACCAGCAGCGCAUCAUCAUGGGCUCUCUUAGUUUACCACCAUUCAAGAUUAGCGAGGUCGAUCUCGCCAAAUCACUCCAUGAGAGCUGCCAAUUCGGCGCUGCGCAUCGCUAUGGAAAGGCUCCAACAGAAACCGGCAUGGCUCGUCUAAGCCUCGACGACUCCGAUAAGCAAGUACGAGAUUGGUUCAUUACCUAUGCCAAAUCGCUGGGAUUGAAGACUUCAAUUGAUCAAAUGGGAAAUUUGUUUGCGAUUCGAUCGGGCAAGAACAAUGAUUUACCUCCUGUCAUGAUGGGCUCGCAUUUGGAUACGCAACCAACCGGCGGACGAUAUGACGGUAUCCUUGGUGUUAUCUCGGGUCUCGAGGUUCUGCGAACGUUGAAUGAUCAUGGCUAUGAGACCGCAGGACCAAUUGGAGUGGUGAACUGGACCAAUGAGGAGGGCGCCCGCUUCCCCAAGAUGGCAGUCUCGUCAGGCGUAUGGGCUGAUGUCAUCCCCCUCGAAACUGCAUGGGAUUUGAGGGAGGUCUUGGCUGCUAACCCCAAGUCGAUGAAGGAGGAGCUCGACAGGAUAGGCUACUGCGGCGAACAGCCCGCCUCGUAUCGAUCAAAUCCUUUCGCCGCGCAUUUCGAGCUUCAUAUUGAACAGGGUCCGAUUCUGGAGGACGAGGGUCUUAAAAUUGGCAUUGUCCACGGCGUCCAAGCGUUCAAAUGGUUCAACAUCACCGUCAAGGGUCGAGACAGCCACGCAGGAACAACACCGUUAUACGCUCGCAAAGACCCCGUCCUGUGCGCCAGCAAAAUGCUCGUGGCCGCCAACGUAGUUGCUAAGAGAUUUGACGGUCUCGCAACAACCGGCAUCUUUACUACCGACCCCGGAACCGUCAACACAAUGGCCCACACCGUCAAAUUCACUCUCGAUCUCCGACACGUCAAGGAUGAAGUCCUCGCAGAGAUGGUAAAGGAGUGCGAGACCGAGUUUCAGCGAAUCUCUCGAGAUGAUAGCGAAAAGGGAUGUGAAGUCGAUUGGGAGCUUCUUGUAGACAGUCCAGCGGUCAAGUUCAAUCAAGAGUGUAUUUCGGUCGUGGAGCAGAGUGCUGCGGAUGUUUGUUCGACGUUACCGCAGAAUGCGGAGGGUAAGCUUUGGAGACCCAUGAUCAGUGGAGCGGGGCAUGAUAGCUGCUACACGAACCGGGUUUGUCCUACGAGUAUGAUCUUUACACCGACGAGAUCGGGAAUUAGCCAUAACCCUACAGAGUAUUGCUCACCUGAAGAUUGUGCACUGGGUGCGAGUGUUCUUCUUGGAGCGGUUCUGCGAUAUGACAAGCUGCGUGGAAACAGGAGCAAGUGAUUGAGAUAGUUUGUAUUAUUAGUUGAACAUGUGAUAUAUAGGGAAUGGAAAAACCUUGUUUGACUGCACUCAAGAACAAGCCAUGAUAACAAUUCUGAGACGGUAAUGAGAGUGAGACGUGAUGAUUUUUUU